CGUGCGCUUGAGCUGCCUUCACCUUGAAGACCCACUCCUUUCCAACUCAACCACUGACUUCUCAGUCUCCUUCAACAACCUUACAUGUCAACGUUAACAAAGGAACUUGAUCGAACAGAGAAUAUCGCAUCUCAUUAGAUUUAUCGACUAGUCUCAUUUCUCAUUGGAAACCCGAUCUCAAGAAGACGAAAUCCUCAGACAUCCUCUUCUCGAUCAACACCUCUCGUUGCCUACAACAACCACAGCAACAAAGCCGAGAUGAGCAAGAGCCAGAUCCAGCAGAGGGUCUUGCAGACCAAGCGGAAACAGCAGAAAAAUGAGGCCGAAUCCAUCGAAAAGUUGAAGGCCAGGUGCGCGGAGGAGCACAGCAAGGCCCACGUUGCGCACUGCAAGGACUGUUACGGGGAGGUUGUGGAGACGAUGAGAAACAGAUAUGCCGAUUCCAAGGAUGAAUGGUUCUCCGACAACAAGGCCUUCUUGAGUGAUCUUGACGGCUUAUUCGCCAAGCUUAAAGACUUUACGGAAGACCUCAAGUCCAUCGAGGCUCGAAUCGACAAGGAAAAGCAGAGGUACUACCGCGAAGCUCUACCUAAAUCGGUCGCAGGAAAGAUCGCCGAGGCGUCGAUUGGCAAGGACGAAUUCCAGGCUGCAUUGGAGGACGAGCAAAAACCCACUACUGCUCUCAUCGAGGAUGUCCGAAAAGUCGUCGGCAAAGGGGGCAACAGUUCUCCGGGCUUGGAGGAAUUGGCACCGAAAUUCGACGACCUUCCGCCAGAAAAGGCAACUGAUGUCCUCAUUGAUGUCUUCUUCCGCGCCCCGAGCACGGGUGAGAUUCCAGAAUCAUGCAGCAAGUACGUGGAGAAGCUGCGGUCUGGAUCGUCUAUUGAAGAAGUGAUGGGAGCCAUGCAGGCCGACAAGUCGGCGAGGUCCAACGCUGCUGGGAACAUGGACAGGCACAAGCGGACACUGAACGAGCUUAAGAGGGCGCAAGCGGCACAUGAGCAGGAUAAGCUCCUGAAAUCUCAGAAGCGGCAGCAGCCCCCGCCUCAGGGACCGCAAGUCAACAAGGAACUGUACGAUCUCCCGUCGUGCCUGGCCUGCUCCGGCAAGGUGUCGUCGGAGGUCAUCGCGUGCCCUUUGUGUUUGAUCUUUGCCGAGCUGAGCCUCACUAAGAGGACAGUCUUCGACUCGGAGAAGUGUUACGAGGAGGCAUACGAUGAGCACGUGAACACGGCGCACAGCUGUGCGGCAGGCAAGGGAUGCAUCCAGCUCAAGGAGGAAGACGAGGAGAUGGGCGGCAGCGGCGAGGGGCCUGUGAUCUGUGAGGAAUGCGCAGAACAGCUUGGACAGAGUAUAGUAUACUGUUCGUCCCGCUGCGCCAGCUCAGAUUUCCAGGCCCAUCGAGAGGGAGUCCACAUCCCGAAUUGGAAGGGACUUGGCAUCGACCUCGGCACUCAGGGGGAGCACUUGGUCUACGACAACGAUGAGAAGACCAAGUAUCACGUCAACGAUAUUUCCAAAUUUGUGUGGCGUCUUGACGACGCUUUUGAUCGCGUCUUCAAGGGGAGCAAUCCUGACAUUAAGGAUGUACAGCGCUAAGGAGAUGCUCAUCAGCAUGUCUCCUUUGAAAGCUCUUAAUAGACAACACGACACUCUCUACGAGGCGCAUCUUGCCCGUGAUGUCGGCUUGCCACAAUUUUAUCACAUUCAAAUAACAAUGACUUCUUCCACCAAACCUCCCAAUCCAGAUGAAUGUAUCAGAGUGUGGUUUAACGAGGUUCAUAGUGACGUUUCAGAAAGCCACACUGCCACUCCAAGACUCCGAAGUGGUUCGGAACUUAUCGUCAGCACCAAGGCCAAAGCCACAGCCACCGCAAUUCAAGCACCUAGAGCUGGUUGGGUUCGGUAAAGACUUAAAAAGACCCCUGGAAUCC